CUGAUGGCAGGGAGCAUGCGCAACAGCGCUCAACACCCACAGACAAAGGCCCCCUCCCAACUUCUGAACAUGCUCAGUGGCGUCCACGCGCCCACGCCGUCUCGCAGGGUCUUGGGCAUCAUGGCGGAGGCAGAGGUCUCACAAGCUACCCGGAUCCCGCAGACUAGCGCUCCUUCCUCCGCCACCUCCUCUGCAGUUACAACGCCGCCGGUAGUGGGGGGAAGCGGAGCUGGAGGAAGCACCAGCGAUCCGGUCCGUCCAGGAUUAAGUCAGCAGCAGCGCGCGAGCCAGCGCAAGGCGCACGCGCGGAGCUUCCCGCGGGCAAAAAAGCUGGAAAAACUGGGAGUAUUUUCAGCAUGCAAGGCUAAUGACUCUUGCAAAUGCAAUGGCUGGAAGAACCCAAAUCCUCCCACAGCUCCCCGCAUGGAUUUGCAACAAACAGUCACCAACCUCAGUGAACCCUGCCGUAGCUGUGGACACACACUAGCUGACCAUGUUUCUCAUCUGGAGAAUGUCUCUGAGGAAGAGAUCAACCGCCUUCUGGGGAUGGUGGUAGAUGUGGAGAAUCUCUUCAUGUCUGUGCAUAAAGAGGAAGACACAGACACCAAACAAGUUUAUUUCUACUUGUUCAAGCUUCUAAGAAAAUGCAUCCUACAGAUGAGCCGCCCUGUUGUCGAGGGCUCCCUUGGGAGCCCCCCCUUUGAGAAGCCAAACAUUGAGCAGGGUGUCUUAAACUUUGUACAGUACAAGUUCAGCCAUCUGCCCCCUAAGGAGCGACAGACCAUGUUUGAGCUUUCUAAAAUGUUUCUUCUCUGCCUAAACUACUGGAAGCUCGAAACGCCAUCCCAGUUCCGCCAGCGCUCCCAAAACGAUGACGUGGCAACAUACAAAGUCAACUACACGCGGUGGUUGUGUUACUGCCAUGUUCCCCAGAGCUGUGACAGCCUUCCCCGUUACGAGACCACCCAGGUCUUUGGGCGCAAUCUCCUCAAGUCCACUUUCACAGUUACCCGCCGGCAGCUGCUUGAGAAAUUCCGAGUGGAGAAAGAUAAGCUGGUUCCAGAGAAGCGGACCCUCAUUCUCACUCACUUCCCCAAAUUUCUGUCGAUGCUGGAGGAAGAAAUCUAUGGGGAGAGCUCUCCAAUCUGGGAAGCCGACUUUACUAUGCCUGCAACAGAAGGUGCUCCACUUGUACCUCGGCCAGCUAUCAGCACUGUUCCUGCAGCUAGCACUCCAUUGUUCAACAAAUCUCUGAGCUGCAGCUCAUCUUUAGCAUCUAUUAAUCUGGAUGGGAGUUCACUGGAUUCUGUGCCAGGUGAGAAGAGGAAGCUUCCAGAAAGUUUGACCCUUGAGGAUGCAAAGAGGAUCCGUGUGUUGGGUGAUAUUCCAAUGGAGCUUGUUAAUGAAGUGAUGCUGACCAUUACUGAUCCAGCAGCCAUGUUGGGGCCUGAGACCAGUCUACUGUCAGCAAAUGCAGCCCGGGAUGAGACAGCCCGCCUAGAGGAACGGCGUGGGAUCAUCGAAUUCCAUGUCAUCGGCAACUCACUCUCUCAAAAAUCAAACAAGAAGAUCCUCAUGUGGCUGGUUGGGCUGCAGAAUGUUUUUUCACAUCAGUUGCCUCGAAUGCCCAAGGAAUACAUCACCCGCCUGGUUUUUGACCCCAAGCACAAGACUCUGGCAUUAAUCAAGGAUGGCCGAGUGAUUGGUGGGAUCUGCUUUCGGGUGUUCCCAACGCAGGGAUUCACUGAGAUUGUCUUUUGUGCUGUCACAUCUAACGAGCAAGUCAAGGGCUAUGGGACUCACCUUAUGAAUCACCUGAAGGAGUACCACAUCAAACACAGCAUCCUCUACUUCCUCACUUAUGCAGACGAAUACGCCAUUGGUUAUUUCAAGAAGCAGGGUUUUUCAAAAGAUAUCAAGGUCCCCAAGAGCCGCUACCUUGGCUACAUCAAGGACUACGAGGGAGCCACCCUGAUGGAAUGUGAGCUGAAUCCUCGGAUCCCCUACACAGAGCUUUCACAUAUUAUCAAGAAGCAGAAGGAGAUCAUCAAGAAGUUGAUAGAGAGAAAGCAAGCCCAGAUCCGAAAAGUCUACCCUGGCCUCACUUGCUUCAAGGAGGGUGUUCGUCAUAUCCCAAUUGAAAGUAUCCCAGGCAUCCGGGAAACAGGAUGGAAGCCCCUGAGUAAAGAAAAAGGAAAGGAGCUCAAGGAUCCAGACCAGUUGUAUACUACUUUGAAAAAUCUCCUUGCCCAAAUCAAGACCCAUCCUAGUGCGUGGCCAUUUAUGGAACCAGUGAAGAAAUCUGAAGCUCCUGACUACUAUGAGAUUAUCCGCUUCCCCAUUGACCUCAAGACGAUGACAGAAAGGCUCAAGAAUCGUUAUUACAUUACUAAGAAGCUCUUCAUUGCUGACUUGCAGCGUGUCAUUACCAACUGUCGUGAGUAUAACCCGCCGGAGAGCGAUUACUGUAAGUGUGCCAACACCCUGGAGAAGUUUUUUUAUUUCAAGCUGAAGGAAGGGGGACUCAUCGACAAGUAGGGACAGUUGCUGGCUGCCUGGGGUUCCAUCUCCAUUUUAUCAGCCCCUCUCUGGCUUGUGAACAACUGGAGACUUUCCUUGCUGCCUUUUGCCACACUUCAUGCACAAACUAGAUGUGACUGGCUGGACAUCAGAAGUUUGUCUUUGCUUGAUGUUGUGGGAAGGAAGAGACAAUAUGCACAGAUAUCUCUCCCUGAAUGGACUGGGAUCUGCCAUCAGCCCUCUUAGUUUCUGAGCCUUAUCUCUCUGUCUGUUGGGCCUGCCUUUCCAGAAGGACUCUUUUUACCAAGAAAGGAUUCUGGAUUGUCAUGUAAGCUAUGAGGGAUUUGCUGCAAGUUCUUCCAGUUUUCCCUUUCUUCAGUUCCCUUUGUCCCAAACUCUGGAACAGCUUUCCCCAGUUGGUCCCCUCCAGAUGUAUUGGGCUUGAGCUGUCAUUCUCCCCUCAGCUAGAAUGAAUUGAAGAACAACACAUCUACUGAGAACCAGAAGAUCGGGGAAAUUCUCCAAAGUUGCUUCAGAGAAUUUCAUUUGUUUGUUGCACUCCCUUUUUUUUUUGAGGUUCAGCCAUUACUUCUUGACAUGUGAAUGUAGAAAAGGAGUAAUCAAGUAAGAGAGACCAGGAGGAUGGGAACUUGGGGAGAUUUCAAGCACAGAGUUUUUCAAAGAGCCUUUGAUUGGGACCAUGUCUGAAGCCCACUCUCCCCUUCAGCCGGUGUACAAGUAACUAGUGCUUGAACGCUGUCUACAAGAAAAGAACUUUUGUAUCUUAGGUUGCAUCAGAUCUGACUUGAAGGGGAGGAAAUUACGGGGAGGAAUUCAGGAGAGAAUAGCUACUUGCCAUUUUUGUCUUCUCAUUUGGCCUAAUGGAUUCUGGGUCAGUGAUCUUUACCCUUGCAGAAUUGAUCAAAUAUCCAAAUGGAACUUCACUAUAUCCUAGAGAAUGAUGAUAUAUUUAGGACUCCUUCCUCAUAUACCAAAUCAAAAUGAGCAAAUUUGUGCCCCAUUACUCCUUCCCCGCUGUAUAUUCUUGCCACAAAAUUCGAUCCUUUCCUUAUUAUGUUUCUUCUGCUCUUGUUGGUCAUCAGAUCUCUGGUCUGUGGAAGCUAAAUCUAAGGGUUGUAACUCUAAUGGUUUUGAACUCUGCCCCUCAUUAGUUGUGACUUUUCAAGCCUCUCUGUUCAUCUCUGGUGCUUUUCUGAUUAUGUCAGCGACAAUGGUGAUUGUAUUUUUCUCUCUCACACAUUCCCAUUAUGCACUUUGCUGCACAUAUGUCUGUAUCUGCCAUCUAUGUUACUUUGAAAAAUGUUAGGAGAGAUGUUAUCGUUUCAUUUAUGGCAGCCAGUUUUACUGCUAAUUAGAUUUUUUGAACUCCCACAUUGUUCAAUGAAUUAUGGUUAACUUUCAAGUUGAUAGGCACAUACAUCGCAUCAAUAUAUGUACCACUGUGUGAUGGAACAAAGCUAAACUCCCCAAUUAUUUCUCAGCUGAAAAAGCCUGUUAUUUCUGGUUGUUCUUUCUGUUUACAUGGGGUGAGUGAGUUGAUGAAAACACUUACUAUUCAAUUACAGUCCACCACAUAUAGGGCAGUGUUAAGGUUUUAAAAGACUGCUUUAGAUGGUAAUGAAGUUUCUUAGUAGCUUGCAUUAAAUGGGGGUAUGGAUUGCCUGCAGUCAGUGUCCACUUCUUUCCAGAACUCUCUGAGGCAAAGGAACAGAGGGGCAAGAAAUGCUGGUCCUCUUUCCCCACUGAUGUGACAGAGCCAUUCAGCAAGUGGGAAGGGGUGGAAUGGAAAAGGUGAGUGGACAAAUGGCUCCCGUUCAAUUACCAGUCACUUUGUUUCCUGCUUUGUGAAUUGACUUUGCAGUUGGAAAUCACUAAAUACUUGCUCUAGAAAUCAUAAUUUGAUAGGGGCAGCAAAGAUAUAACAUCUUAUUCACAAUUAUCCAGAUGCUUUUGUCAAUGUUGAACAUUUGCUUCAGCCAGACUCCAAAGAAGUUGCCAUGGAGAUUAAAUCAAAUGCUUUCUUCUGUUUCAUCUUCAGCACAUGCACCCCCCUCAUCCCCCUUCCUUUCACAAGAAAAAGAAUUGCCCUGUGUGCUCCUUUGAGGAAACAUAAUGGGGGGAGUUGAGGGAGAGAGGAAACCAUUUGAGCGGUAAUCCACCUGCCUUCUCUCCUGUUGCCUUAUGUCCACCACUUCUGUGCUUAAGUUGUACAAUUGCAGGACCUGAUUCUGCCAUUCUGGGCCUUCCAAUAGUAUUGCCAUUCCAUUUUUUAAUACAUGAAAUAAAAUAAAAAUAAAGGACAUGUCUAAGCAGAUAAAGUGUGCUAUUU